GAGUAGAGAAAAAAUAGGGGGAAAAAAAUACGAAAUAUUAAAAUUUCGGUUGAAAAAAAUAAAAAUAAUACAAGGAUUUGGAAGACGAAAAUUUCUAGAAAUAAUUAACUGAAAGUCCUUAGCGACUAUCGCGAAUGGUGUAUGAUAUCAUUGAGUGCAUUGCUAACAAAAUACACUCUUGGAAUAAUGAGCAAUCUCAGUAAUAAUGGUGGUGGCCAAAAUUCCGCAGCUGAAGGGAGCAUGGAGCGCGGCAGUUGCCUGCUCAGAUAUGCCAGCCAGAAUUCAUUGGAUGAGAGCUCUCAAAAACACAUUCAGCGACCAAAUGGAAAAGAUCGUACUGUUGGAUCCUAUCAUAACGAUAUGCACACUCACCGUUCGUUUGAAGCAAUGAAUGAGAUGAGAAAACAAAAUCUCUUGUGCGAUGUUACACUUGUUGCAGAGGAAACAGAAAUACCAGCCCAUAAGAUGGUUCUAGCUUCAUGUAGUCCCUACUUCUAUGCUAUGUUCACUGGAUUCGAGGAGUCUCGUCAAGGUCGUAUAACACUGCAAGGUGUCGACCAUAGAGCAUUAGAACUUCUUGUCGAAUAUGUUUACACUUCGACUGUCGAAGUCAAUGAGGACAAUGUCCAGGUUCUCUUGACAGCCGCCAAUCUUCUCCAGCUGACAGAUGUUCGCGAAGCAUGUUGCGAUUAUUUGCAAACACAGCUAGAUGCCAGUAAUUGUUUAGGCAUACGAGAAUUCGCUGAUAUGCAUGGCUGUGUGGAUUUAGUGAAUUAUGCAGACACAUAUAUAGAACAGCAUUUUAACGAAGUGAUUCAGUACGAUGAGUUUUUGAAUCUUCACCAUGAUCAAGUGAUUAGUUUGAUAAAAAACGAUCGAAUUUCGGUACCAAGUGAGGAGAAAGUCUACGAAUGUGUUAUUUCUUGGAUUCGUUAUGAUCCAACAAUGCGCGAUCGAUUUACAGCACAUUUGAUGGAACAUGUUCGGCUGCCAUUUCUCUCGAAGGAGUACAUCACCCAACGAGUCGAUAAAGAGGCUUUGUUAGAAGGAAAUUUGGUUUGCAAAAAUCUAAUAAUUGAAGCUUUGACUUAUCACCUGUUACCGAAUGAUACAAAAAGUGCCAGGACAAUUCCAAGGAAACCAGUCGGAUUGCCAAAGAUACUUUUGGUUAUUGGUGGACAAGCUCCGAAGGCCAUACGUUCAGUAGAGUGUUACGAUUUGCGUGAAGAGAAAUGGUAUCAAGCUGCUGAAAUGCCAAAUAGGAGGUGUCGGGCUGGACUUUCUGUACUUGGUGACAAAGUGUACGCAGUGGGUGGGUUUAAUGGUUCUUUGCGUGUACGCACAGUUGAAGUCUACGAUCCAGCAACUGAUUCUUGGUCGACUUGCAACAGCAUGGAAGCCAGACGGUCUACUUUGGGUGUUGCCGUUUUGAAUGGAUGUAUCUUUGCUGUUGGUGGCUUUGAUGGCACCACUGGCCUUUGCAGCGCUGAAAUGUUUAAUCCCAAGACCCAAGAAUGGCGUUUCAUUUCUUCGAUGUCUACUCGACGUAGUUCGGUGGGAGUUGGUGUUGUCAAUGGACUUUUGUAUGCCGUAGGGGGAUAUGAUGGAUUUUCUCGACAAUGUUUAUCAAGCGUCGAACGCUAUAAUCCCGAGACAGAUACUUGGUCAGUUGUCGCUGAUAUGGGUGCACGUCGUAGUGGUGCUGGAGUUGGUGUUUUAAAUAACAUUCUUUAUGCAGUUGGUGGUCAUGAUGGACCCAUGGUUAGAAAAUCUGUUGAAGCGUAUGAUCCUGAAUCGAAUCAGUGGCAUUCAGUUGCUGAUAUGUCAUUUUGUCGUCGCAAUGCUGGUGUAGUGGCUCACGAUGGACUUUUAUAUGUUGUGGGUGGCGAUGAUGGAACAUCUAAUUUAGCUUCAGUUGAGGUUUAUAGUCCUGAUAGCGAUAGCUGGAGAAUUUUGCCACCAUCAAUGACCAUUGGGCGCAGUUACGCUGGUGUAUGUAUGAUUGAUAAGCCUAUGUGAAUGGAAGAGCAGGGUGCGAUAGCACGUCAAGCAACAACAGCAAAUGGUGAUGAUGAGAAUAGCCAAGCCGAAGGGGCGGCUGAAGGUGCAGUUGGCUUUGUACGUUCAAUUGCAGAGGGCAACAAUAACAUCCAUGCCCAACAACUACAACAACAAAAUCAUCCACACUACGAAAACAUCUACGAGUCUAUUGAACAGUAUGCAGCUGGUGAUGCUGCUGCUGCCAAUAAUAACAAUAAUCAGCAACCAGCUGUUAAUAAUAAUGCUGGUGCUAUUGCUGCUGCUGCUGUUGUCCCUGGCGUUGCUAUUGCCCCUGCUGAACCAAAUAACAAUGAUAACAUGGAUCCCAAUCAACCACAACAACAACAACAAAUACCCCAACCACAACAACAACCACCCCAAUUGAAUCAAGUUCAACAAGGUCCUGCACCCCCACCCCAAGUCCAAGCUCAACAAAAUAAUGCACAAGCAGCUGCCGCUGUUAUUAACAAUCUUAAUCAAAGAUCGAACAACAACAAUGCCAACAAUGUUAAUAAUUUAAACAUUGGAUAUCGCAAUGAUCUUUACGAUCGCACAAACAAUUCUCCAGCCUACGAUGUUCCACGCUCGGUAAGAAGUGGCCUAGGAAUGCGUCGAAAUUUACAACUCGACUUACAUGGCUUGAAUCGUAAUCGAUGUGGGUUCGGAGGCCAAUCCGGAACAAGCACCUUGAAGUCGGGCUCAGCUCCGCCUUUCUAUGCAUGUCGACAGAGGAGUUUCGAUGAUACUGAAUCCCAUCAUUAUUACAACAUGAAUUACAAUCCCAGCCUGCGCUAUGAGAAUAUUUACGAGCAAAUCAAAGACGAACCGAUCUAUCGUAAUGUAAAUGGCGGAUCUGCCCGUGUCUACGGAAGACUCAAUGUUAUCGGACAUGGCAUUGGUCGUAUCGAGAGACACUUAAGCUCGUCCUGUGGCAAUAUCGAUCAUUACAAUUUAGGAGGUCACUAUGCCGUCUUGGGACACUCACAUUUUGGAACUGUUGGACACAUUCGUUUGAACACUACGUCUGGAGUUAGUGGUGCCCCCACCGCUGCUGGAUUGGCACAACAAAAAGAUAAUAAUGUCAAGAAUAGUACAUCCUCCUUUUUCAGUUGCCUAGGAGGGGAAAAUUCACAGAGCAUGAAUAACAUUUACAGAGCUACCGGUGGAACUGGUGGACAAGCUCCCCAAAGGGAAAACAUGAACACUUUGCAUGGUCCAAGUACAUCUAGCCGACCUUCUACAUCAGCAGCUGCUGUUGCUGCUUUUAGCAAUAAUGGAACUUUAUCCAGGCCAACCGGCGCAAUACCGAAAAUGAAACAAACAUCCAAGCUAACUCCAACUUCUAAUCUAACAUCAUCUCAAGCUGCCGCUCAAGCUACUCCUGCACAACCGGCUCCACAAAACGCAACAAAAGCUCCAUCAAGUCCCGAACAUUCGAGCACUCUAAAUCGCAUAUCAAAAUCGUCCCUACAAUGGCUGCUCGUCAAUAAAUGGCUGCCCUUAUGGAUUGGCCAAGGUCCAGACUGCAAGGUUAUCGACUUCAAUUUUAUGUUCUCGCGAAACUGCGAUGGUUGUGACUAUACAACAACUGACAGCACUGCAGUGCCAAUCCCACAACCUCUUCCCCAAGACAUUGUUCGUUUUAACGGACGAGCUGAAAUGCAUGCCCGUCGAGAUCCCAGCGGUCGACCUCUAAGAAGUACUCUCUCACGACUAAAAGAAUCCGAGUUACCUGGUCGACAUCGAAUCGAAGAGAACAACUACGAAAAUGUGCAUGUUCAUUGGCAGAAUGGUUUUGAAUUCGGUCGUUCCAGAGAUAAUCAAGGUCUUCAGGCAGCCGAACCAUCACGACCAACUUUGACCCGUGCCAGAUCUGAGAGCCCUAAUUUCAGUCAACGAAUGCGAAAACAACGCAAAGAUGCUAAAUACUCCGAUCCAUUUAAGAACUACGAGCUUAAUACAGAGAAUAACACUUUCAAACCACGUUCAUUGGCAGCCAGGGAAAGAAGCAAUGGUUCAUUUAGUCUGCGAGAAGAUUCUUCCGCAGAUGAAUUUCAAGCAGCCGCAUGUGUGGAAACUGUUUCUAUUGAAUCGGAGAGUAUUGAAAUUGCCGCUGCUGCUGUUUUAAUAGAAGCCCCGGUUGUUUUAGCCCCAGACGAUUCUCUUGAUCCAGAUGGAAUCGUGGUUGUUGAAGAAAUCGAUCUGCCGAGCGAUCCAACUCAAGACUAAUCGAAACAAAACCCAUUUGUAUUCAUACAAUAUGCCAAUUUUUGUCUCUAGAAAAAAUAAAAGAACAUAGUAUUUCAUCUUACAUUAUAUAAAUAUUAAGCAAGACUCAAAACAAAACAAAAAAAUAAUUUAAAACUAUAAAACAAUGAUGAUAUUUUAUGCAUUACAAUUUUAAAAAAAACUUUGGUUUUGAACUGCAAAAAAAAAUAAAAACUUCAUAAAUAAGUGUUCUAAAAUAAAAAUAUUGUUAUCUGUACCAAUAGAUUAGACGACUGCCUCUAUUGAUUGUGUUUAUACUACUUUACUUAUACAGAGAUUAUGUCAAUUUUUCCCACACAUUCUUAUCUUAUAAAGUUUAUUAAUACAUAUUUAUUUUAGAUUGCUUUUUAAAUUAUAUGGUUAUUGUAUACGAUUUUUUUUUUAUUUC